AUGCAGGGGUCUUCUCUCAGUCGCCGCGUUCGCGUAGGAGGAGUCGAGCCGGAGGACGCUGUGUUGCGGGCGGAGCUGUUUCGUACGUUUGCAAGCUACGGUGUCAUUGAAGAGGCGUGCUUUGAGGAGGAUCGUGCCUUUCACAGCGGCGCAGCCAUUAUUCAGUUCCAGCGAAUUUCCGCCUCGGAAAAGUUGCAAAACGACGUUGAGGAAACAGGGCGGCGGUGGUUUCUUAGCUUUCUCCCACCUAUUGUUCAUGUCGGGGCGGAAUUGCUUGUGACGUCUCCGAAGGCCAUUGACACGUCGUACUUGCGCUCACUCGUCGGGGAGGGUGUGAAAAUCGAGGAGAAGUUAUUAUCUUUUCCAGGAGCCAAACGCAUUGGAUCGACAACUGCUGAUGAGGGAGCAGUGGAUUAUGGAAGCAAAAAUGCUGGGGCCAGAGAUGUCUUUAUUAAGGCAUUGUCGUCUGUCCGAGCCCACGCCAUUGGUCGGUUUGCUGUGUUGAUGCAAUUUGCCACCGUCCAUGACGCGAACGAGUUUCUCACCACUCAUCAGAUGCCUUUUUUGACAUCCAAUGAAAUGUAUGUGGUGCAUGUGGGGCCCGACGCGGCGCUUCAGCAUGCCUUGAAGCACAUUCUACUAACACGGCGAUCGACGAAGGAUGUGGCGAGGGGAAGCGUGUUGCGUGGGUUCGUCCUUCCACAGCACCAGAGCGGCAAUAUCGGUGGUAGUGGUGGUGGUGGUGGUGGUGGUGGUGGCAAUCGUAUGAUCAAAUGCGAGGUAGACGCCGGACUGAUACGGAAAGGCCGACCGGUUUUUCUGCAGACACAAACCAACUUUGUCAAGGUGUCUCCCUGGGACAUUGUUGAGGUGCGACUGACAUCCGCUGAUGGUGAGGCAAGCGAGAACCUUGAGGCGGAGUUGCGCGGUGUUGUAAACGCAGCAGCUGACACUGCUGAGGCACAAAAGCCUACAGUCCUUUUUCAGCGAUUACGACAAGCGGGUGUCUCCUCUUCUUCCUCUUCGUCGAUUUCUACCGCUGCGAGUUCCAAGAAGGCUCUCGCCGGGAAACUCUAUCAGGCGUUGCACGCACGGAAGACAGAGCCAGACAAUGCGGGAGAGCAGCUGCACAGCUUUCCACAAGGACUUCAUGCCUUUUCCGUGGUGUCUGUCUGCAUCCAACGAGUAGGGGACGACGGAUUGUACGCGCGGACGAUAUUGCCGCCACACGCGACGUCGAAUACGCCGUCUCGCGAAUGGCCGGUAUUUGUACCCUCCAUUUUUGUUCCCUGUGAAGGUGGCAUGGGCUGGAAGGACUUUGCCGUUCCCGGGGAACGUAUGACAGUGACACUCCUGUACGCCACAGCAGUCGGCGGUAGUGAAGCGGCCUUGCGACUUGUUGCUUCAAAACGUGAGGCAGAUAUGCGGCGUGCGUCUGCCUUUUUUGUGUCAGCUGCGACCCCUGGUGCGAAGGAUGGGGCAGGAGGCGGUUUUAACGACACGAAGACCCUAUCCGUGGGCACUUCAUUUAGCGGAAUUCGUGCCGUUUGGCUUCCUCGCACGCCCAGCACGGAGAAUCCGGUGUACAUUCUUCUGCCGUCAUCGUCAUCACCUUCGGUGUUGUUCACGAUCACCGUCCUCAUGCACGCCACCGAGAGUCCUACGGAUCACCAGACGCCCGAGACAAUGACGAUGGAUGCGGGAUUACACCCCUUUGUCAUUGCUAGCAUUGUGAACAGCGAUCGUCUUGGUCACUAUGCGGUGGCGGUGGAGGAAGCGGUGUAUCGUCAGAUGGAGGCUGAGCGGCGUGCCGCAGAGAUCCAGAAGGAAUCCGAGCAGGAUGCGAUGCUGCAACGCAUAAUGACGGAGGUGUUUUCGAACGGCGCAUCCGUCCCAGCAGGAGACGGGGACAACUCCGCGCAGGGCCGCAAGCGUCCGCGUUAUUCCCAGGAGGAGUAA